AUGGCUGUACUACAUAAGAAAGUUGCAGAUACACCUGUCCAAGAACCUGGAUAUUUGCCAAAGGCAGCGAAGCCAGUAAAAUGGGGAAAACCUUUUGCUCGGUUAUCUGAGGAUCAGGCUGAACAUGCGUGGUUUACAGAUGGCUCAGCAAAAUACGUAGUAAAUACUCGACAAUGGAAUGCAGCGUCUUUCAAUCUGAAUACAAAAGAUACUGACUACAACAGGAACAGGAAAAAGUAAUCAGUACGCAGAGCUAUAUGCAGUAUUUCAGGCUCUGAAACAAGAGAUGCCUGGGAGCUGUCAUAUAUACACAGACUCUUGGUCCGCAGCAAAUGGACUGGCUACCUGGUUGCCCACAUGGCUGUCACACCAGUUCAUGAUACAUGCCGAGGAAGUCUGGGGAAAAGAUCUUUGGGAACAAAUAUAGGAAAUGUCUUUUAUGUGGAUGCAUAUUGUAAUACUGACUUAUUGGAUCUGUUUAACUCUAUUGCAGAUGAACAAGCCAAAAUUGCAGAGGCAUCCAUGGAAAACCCUAACUCACUUUUGGGAUUGGCUAACUGGGCCCAUCAGAAAUGUGUACACCUUGGAGAGAUAGCCACUCACAGGUGGGAACAGCAGAGAGACAUCUUGGUACCCCUUGAUCUGAUCAAAAUAGUAAUUUGGUAG